UAUAUUGCCCCGGCGCGCGCGCGCCCGCCCGCAAAUACAUUCGCUUACGUGGAAAGAUGGCUGCUUUCUGCCGUAAAUUACGGCAUAUCCUCUUUUUCGUACUUUUAAACAUAAUUUGUGGUGGAGCAGAUUUGCCAGACAAGGUCCUCUGUGUAGAUUCGAAGUGCAGAGCUCCUAUAUCUAAAGUACAGACGGUGUUCAGUUAUAAUGCUCCAGACCCCCACUACUUGUCUUUUAAGCAGUUUGAAGUUAUUCAAGUAUUUGCCAAGGAUGCAGACAAAUCUGGCUUUUGGACAGGAGAGCUGCUUAUGAAACCUGGGAAUAUUGGUCUCUUCAACAAAGAUCAUGUGAAAGAGUUAGUUGUAUUCAACAAAAGUCCUGCCCAACAUGUUGACAUUGUGGAUGUCUUUGACAAUAGAGGAAUACCACAUAGGUUAGGAGAUAAAACACCCUCUGAACCUACGGCAGAGGAAACAGAACAUCUUGAAAUAAAAGAAGAUAAUGGAACAGAUGAUGGGCAGUACCUGAGAGGCCAGGAGCAGGGCCAGGAGCAUAGUGGGGGAGAACAGGACCUAAGCCAUGAUAAUCCAUACCAGACCAAGGAGCAGAAUGGAUUGGUACCGGAUCAGGACCAUGAUACAGCACAGCAGGGACAGGAGCAGAGUGAAGGAGAAAAGGUCCAAGAGCAGUUAGAAUCAGAACAGAUCCAGGAACAGGAACAGAGCAGAGAAGCCCAGAACCAAGUACAGGAUCAGACCCAUAAUGAAUCAGAACAGGAAGGACAACAAAGCAGGGAAGAGCAGGUCCAGGGGGAGAGUGGAAAACUGGACCAGGACCUGGACCAGGACCACAUAGAACAAGAACAGGAACAGGACCAAGAGAUGAAUGCACCAGGUAGGUUUAAAUUUGUGGCAGUUCAACAACAUAGCAAGGAGGCAGCUGAAUUAGUGAGCAAUCAUAUCAAAGUUGGUGAUGGACCAACUAAUGAAAUUGGUGAUGGUUUAUCUAAUAACAUUCAUAGAACUGGAAGAUAUGGAAUCAAAUUUGAACAAAAUGCCAAAGAGCUGGUUGAUGAAAAAUCAGUGGAUAAUUUUCGAAAUGAAAGAAGAGAUAUUGAAAAUAGAGAAAAUAAGCUAAGAAUGGUUGUGCAAAGUGAAUCAUUGAUCAUAGGACAUGAAAUAAAUGGAAAUGGACUUGAUGUGAAUAAAGCAAUUCAAGGAACUGUGUCUCAACAGGAUAGUCUGGAUAUAAAUAAAUCAGAUGCAAAACCUAACUUACAAGCAGAUAUUUUCCCCACCCAAAGUGAUGAUUAUUCUCAGUAUCAGUUUGAUAAAGCAAGUUCCGAUAAUGACAAACAUCAAGAUUUAUCUUUGAAGGAAUCAGAUAUUGUUAAUGUACAUCUAUCAAAAGAAAGCUUUGAUUUUACAGAACAUAGGCCCAAUCCAAAGAUAGAUAUUCAGCUUGAAAAUACUGAAUUGUUUCAAAGAGAUAAGGCUACACCAUCUGAAACAUACAUUCCUCAUGAUACAGGGAACUUAGGGAAUGAACAAGAAGAAAUUGAAGAUUAUGAUGAUUAUGGUAAGGAGAAAGAAGAUGAUGGUGUGGUGUUUUUCCAUCGGGAAUAUGAUGAACAAGAGGAGGAGGAUUUUCUUGAUGAAAUCUUGGAGGCUAGGGGCAUCGAAGACAAACGUAUCGAGGAAGAAAAGAACAAGCCCAAAAAAAGAAAUGCAAAGGUUGCUUCCCAUGGAGAGGACCUGGAUAAGGGUGACUUAGAGGAAGUUGAGAAGAGCCACUACGACGGUCCUGUCAAGAACGAACCUUCUGAAGAAAGGAUGAGCGUCAUCCACAAAGUUCAGCAACUGAUUUUCGAUACGGAGAAGCAGGAGAGAGUCAUCAAGGAACUGACUGAGAAGGAUCCCCCAGGAGGUCCCGAGAGGGGUGAUAUUAUGGGUGUGGAAGAAGCAGCUUAUUAUCAGGAAAUAGAGAGGGCUAUGGAAGAAGAAGAACAAAUAGACUUGGACAAGGUUCUGUUUGAGAGUAGAAGGGAGCAGAUGAAUGACCAUGUAGUUGCUGAAGCCAUGGUUGAAGAAACACAAGAAGAAAUAACGGUCUUAGCUGAUGAGAAUGAAGAAGAAUUUGAUAAGGAAGAAAUUGAAGAAAAAGAUGAUGGUGAUGAUAAUGAGGAGGAGGAUGAGGAGGAGGAGGAAGAAGAAGAGGAGGAGGAGGAAGAAGAAGAGGGAGAAGAGGAUUGGCUGAGUAUACAAGAUGGAGAAAAUGAAGAGACAAGUCAAGAUAAGAAGAAUGAAGAUUUAGAAUAUACCAAUAUGAUAGAUCAAACCAUCCUACCUGAUGAAACCUUGACAUUUAAUGAUAAGGAAGACAUUGAAAAGGAGGAAUUUAUUCAGGAAGACGAGGGACUUGACAGUGAUGGUUUGGAUAAUGGAGAUGAAGGGGUAUUAGGUUUAGUGGAAAAUGAUGAAAUUGAAGAAUGGAUAAUUCAUAUGGAUCAGAAUGUAAGAGAAGGAUUGGACCACCAAGGGGAAUUUGAUGAAAAUUCUAUGGAAGAAAGAGAGAUGGAGGCCGUCCAGCCAUCUAUGACCCUUGACCCUGAAGGAGAUGUGGAACACAUUGACAGCGACACUGCUUUUCAGAAUAUAAUGAUCUUCGAUGAAGGAAAAGAACCAGAGGGUACAGGAAACACAGAGGAACAUGUAGAUGACAAUGACACACAGAAAGAAAAUGAAGAAGAAAUAGAAGAAAAAACACAAGACUCUGAAACAAGCCAAAAGAAUGAAGAGGAAGAUGUGAUUGGGGAAGGUGUGGAAACGGAUGAAGUGGAGGAUAUUGAAAGGAAGCAUGAUAUUGAAGAAGACAUUGUGAAGCAAAAUGAUGAGAUUCAGCCAGAUUCUAUUCAGCCAAGUCCAUCUUUUGAAGUAAUAGAUGGCACCACCAUCUAUUUGAAUGAUUUAGAACCAACACCUUUGCCUGGAGAACCUGCUAGCGAGAAAUACAAUACAUUUAACAUCCAUGCAAGCGAUAUUGUAGAUGUGCCCAAAAGAGAAGAUAGUGAUGAAAGCGAUGUUGGACCUCCAUCUAGUUUUUCUAUUAAAAGUGAGGAUGAAAUUGAUCCUGAAGCUUACAGAAACAUCCUGAACAAACUCCAUGCCAACCCAGAACUCCGGGACAAAGAAGGUGCUAUUCAGCAGGAGAUGCUGAAGAUUCUCCGUGACCCUGAACUGAAGAAGAACUUACUUAUCAAGGCUCAAGAACCUAAAAGGGACAUCUUGUCACCUUUCAGAUCACAACAUCCAGCACCUGGGGAUGUUGUGCACAUGGAUCAGGCACAGGGUCACAUGGACGAUAAUAUUGAUCUACAGAAACUGGAUGCCAUGCAAGAUGAAUCUGUGCCUCUUGACGAUUCAGAUACAGCUAUACCCCCAUCAGCUACGGGACCUAAUGUUGUAGAAGGAAGACCAAGUAGCCCUGUUGAUAAACAUGAGGAAGAUAUCAAUUUUGUAGAUCCAUUAGCUCUCUUGCAGGAAGACACCGAAGAACCUCCUCUGUCCAUUAAUGAAAAGAUUGAUAUUGCAGAAGAGAUCCUGAAAAACAAGGACUUUUCAAGUGAUAACCUUCAACCACCAGUGCCGCCUGACGAUCCCUAUGACCCUGUAAAGCUUGCAGCCAAAUUGAACACGGUCAAAGGCUCAAAUCCUGAUGUCUUUGGGGAUCCAGCCCUGGAGGUUCUCAAUGAUGAUCCAGCUCUGUCGGCUCUGGAGGACCAGAACGAUCCAGAGGAGCAGGAGAGCCAAGAACCAUCAUUGAAUGAUUCCCAUGUCACAAUACCCUCAGAUACAGAACAGGUAGAAGAUAAAGUAGAAACCAUUGAUGAUGAAGAAGUUCCUUCUCCACACUUAGAUUCCCAUCUACCACCUGGCGUGGAUACCAGACCGGAUGUUGAGGAACUGGCUGACAGCAGCUAUGGGGAGCCUGGAUUACGCACCAGCACACGGUUUCCCCUACAGGUUAAUGAAGAAGAAACCCCAGAGGAUGCCGAGGGUCGCGAUCAUGACCAUCCUUUGGAUGAAGAGAAUGCUGAGGAUCUAGAGCAUAGCCAUCCUUUUGAUGGAGAUGGUGUGGAGGAGAGACCCGAGGAUGCACAGGAGAGACCUGAGGAUGUGCAGGAGAUACCAGUUGAUUUGGUCCUAGAUACCAGUAACCAAGAGGAGGAUAAUAGCCAUGAAGGAGAGGGCUUCCAUCACCAGAUCUACACCAGGGAGGAGAAUGGGGGGCUCCAGGAUGACGGGGUUACAAUAGAAGAAGUACCAGAGCACCAGGAGGAACAGAAUGGAACGGGUUCAGGAGGUGAUUGGUUUGGGGAGAUGUUGAGGAAUCUGGAGCCGGCCAUAGAAGAACUGAACCGCUCCAUUCUCAUGCCCAUGUUUGAAAUGUUGCCUAUUGAGUUUCAGCGCGCAAUUCAACAACCCAACUUUCUUGGAAUUCCAUGGAUGUUCAUCAUCAUCUUUGAAGCUUCCAUGUUCACUUUCUUCAUGCUUAUGUUCUGCUGUUGGGUAUGCAGUUCAAGAAGAAGUAGAAGUAUCCAGGAGAGAUUAAGUCGUGAAGUUGAUGUACUCACUGCUCAGAAGGCUGAAGUCAUGGAUGCCCUUGAUAUGACCAACACUCAGUUCCAGAAACAGAACCUAGAAUACUUUGAGCUGAAGACCUCGACUGAACGUACCGGCAGUGACAAGUCAAAGUUAGAGACAAAAUACAAGGAAAUAACUCACACCUCUAAAGAGCAGCAGAAAGAGAUAGAACAGAUGAAAGCAGCUAUUAAAAAGAAGACAUCUGAGCAUGAGUCUAGUCAACAGAAGAUCAAAGCAUUGGAACAGCAAGUAAAGAAAUCACAGAAAACCAUUUCAGAUUUGAACAGUCAAGUGAAUGAUCUGCAAGGAAAGGUGUAUGCUGGUGAGGAAGAAUGUUCUCAUCUUGAGCACAAUAUCGGUACAUUAGAAGAACAGAAACAACAACUUGAUACCAGCAAAGAAAUGCUUGAAGAUGAAAUUAAAGGAUGGAAUGAAAGAGUCUCCGAACUUUCAGAACAGAUUAAAUUGAUUACAACAGAGAAGAAAGAUAUGGAGGAAUCAUUAACAUAUAAAGACAAUGAAAUAGAGGUAUUGAAAGACUGUCUACUACAACUGAAAGGAUUAGAACAUAUACAAAAAGAAGGACCAGAAGUUGACUCAGAAUCUAGAAUACAACAGCUUAUGGAUGUUACAAGAGUGAAUGCUAAGCUAUCUCUGAUUCAGAAGGAGCGUGAUGAGUUACAACAGAAAUUAGAUGAUGAGGUGAAGUGUGGCCGGGAUCUUGAAUCUAAGGUAGGAGCGCUACAUCACGAGAUCGAUGCAUUGCGUAUGGAACAUUCCAAGGCUCAGAGUAACCUAGGAGAAACUAAGACGAAGAUGGAGGUGCUCCAGGAAUACUUCAAGGGAAAGGAAGUCGAACUACAAAGGAAACUUGGAAGAGAGGAAGCUCUGAAACUACAAAGUGAAGAGCAGCUCACAUCACUUAGUGAAAAGGCAAUAAAUGCUGAAGUAGAUUUGAAUAAUUACAGACAACAAAUUGCAGAUCUGAAAUCAGAAUUGGAGAAAUCUGAAAGAAACUAUAAAACUCAGAUUGCUGCACAUGAAAAGAAGACACAUGAACACUGGUUGUCUUCAAGAACGGCAGAAAGAGAGCUCCAGGAAGCAAAGAGAGAAGCUGCUUCGUUAAGACACAGAUUAACAGAACUAGAAGGAAGGCGAGCUACAUCUGAGAAUGCUCCGCUUGUCAAACCUCAGGCUGCAGCACCUUCACCAAUGAGAGUAGUAUCUCCAUCAUAUGGACCAGGUGACCGAGGCAGCAAAAUGUCUAGGAGAGGUCCAAGCAGGAACAGCAUAAUAGAAGCAGACGCACCGUCGCCGCCAUUGAUUGACCCUCGCCAUAGAGGUUCACCAGGGUCCAGGCCCAGGAUGUCCCCGCCCAUGAUGGAUCGGGACAUGCCACCACCCCACCCUGAUGACUACCUCCCACCCCCAAUGCACCGUGAUAUGGGCCCCUCCCCUUACAGAGAAGUCUUGCCACACCACCCGGACUUUGGUCCACCCGGCCCGGGACCUUACGACGAUCCCUACGGUCCACCUCCGCCUCAUGGACCCCCUCCCCAUGGUGGUUUCUCUCCAGAGUUUGGACCCCAUCCUGAUGAUAUGGAUUUUGGCCCCCAUGGACCCCCACCGGGAGACUUUGGCCCCCCUAUGAGAUUCCCUCCCCCUGGGAGGGGCGAGUUUGAUCCUCAUGGCCCUCCUCCACCAAUGUCGAUGGGUCCUGACUUUGAUCCCAUGUUUGGACCUCCACCACCCCAUGGAAUGGACCCCAUGCUUGGUCCUGGACCAUUCCCAAGGGACGGUCCACCACCUUUUGAUAGAAGAGGCCCUCCCCCUGCUAUGAGACCUGGCAGUAGAACAGGACCUGGGGGUCCACCUGAUGGACCAAUGGGUGGUCCUAGAACAUCAUCACCAAUGGUAACACCCGAUGGCCAACGGGGGCCUCGAGGUCCACCUCCUAGACAGCCUUCCAAUAUGCAGGCAUGAGAGACAGAGCUGUUUAGAGUGACACACCCACACAAGCAGCUUCCAUCUUCAACAGUUUGAUAUCAGUAUAAAAGAUAGAGCCACUGCUGAUAUUAGUGGAAGAGUAGCAGUGAAGACUUCUAUUUAUGGAGGAAGGAAGAACCUUGGUUAAGAUUGAUAUUGUUACAUUUAAAACAUGGUUUCCACUCAUACAUUCUGUUUCACACAUUCAAGGCUU